AUUCAGAAGAGAUGUUUUAAAAUCAAGUAGAAAUAAAUUAAAAAUAAAUGUAGACACUUACAGUCUGGAGAAAAACGGUAUACAGUACGGGUUUUUCUCCCUACUCAAUUAAGAGUUCAAAGUAUGUGGAUUAAAACUACAACUACAAUUAACACAAAUAAAGUUAAUAAAGUACAUGUAACACCAGUGUCCACCACCGUCAUUAGUGGGACUUCUCUAAAAAGCAGGAAGGAUUUGAGCAAAAACCUAAUGAGCAAGAGGUUGUACACCAGUUAGUUAGUUUUCACUCUGACAACAUGUGUACUGGAAAAUGUUCCCGUUGUAUUGCUGUUACUCUGUACCCAUUAGCACUUAUAUGCAUCAUCUGUAACAUCGUGCUGUUCUUUCCUGGCGGGGACGUCAAGUAUGCCAAGGAUGGACACCUUACUGAGGAGGUGACAUACAUGGGGGGACUCGUUGGAGGGGGUGUAAUGGUGUUGACCGCAGCCAUUUACAUCAACAUGACUGAAGCUCAGGGGUGCUGUGGAAAUCGCUUUGGGAUGUUCUUAUCAAUUGCAUUCGCCGCAGUUGGAGUGGCCGGUGCCCUGUACAGUUUCAUCGUGGCAGUGCUCGGUUUGAAUAAUGGGCCCUUCUGCGAAUAUGAUGGGAUGUGGACGACACCUUUUAAAAACAGUAAUUCCACCUACCUGGCCAACCAGGAGUUGUGGGCAAAAUGCACAGAGCCAAAGAACGUGGUGCGGUUCAACAUGGGAUUGUUCCUUACCCUGAUGGCGACCAGCUGUCUGCAGAUGUUGCUCUGUGCCAUUCAGAUGAUCAAUGGGCUGUUUGGUUGCCUGUUUGGAGUCUGCAUCAACAAAGAGAACCUACAGCAACCAUAAGCUCAUGGUCACUCAUACCACAUCUGAAGAGUUCCCUUGCGCCCCGCCCCCUGUUGGAAGGCUGUUGUUCGUGGCUGCAUGUGCCUAAAAUGUUUACGUUGAAAUUGUUGUUGCCUCUGAUUAUAUUUUAAAAUUUUAAUGUGCAUUACAUGAUACUUCAAAAUGUUUCAAUGUAUCAAGGUGUUGGAAAAACAGUUUUAGAAACAAUUCAUACUGUGUACAUGGUCAAGGUCAAAUAAAUAUAAGCUGCUGAUCCACUGCUA